GAGUAUAGUGGAAGGAAGUGGACUGUGAAAUGUGAACUGAUAAUGUUGUUGAGGUUAGGUUGAUUAAAAAUUUAUAUCUCAGAUUGUCAGUAUGAUAUCUAAAAAUUAUACAUGUAAACUCCCAGUUGAAGGGAGUGAGUUUUUAGGUAUUUUGAAUUCAGAUUGGACAAAUUCAAAUAUAAAAUUACUGUUGAUACAUAACAAUCAAGCUUGGAAUGGAAUGUUUCAGAUAGACGACAAUGAGGAUGUGGCAGAGCUCUUAGAUCAACUCUCUUUGACUGAAGAAUCAUAUAUGGAGGAAACUAGCAAUGCAUUGACAACUCAUGGUGGUGCUCAACAAUUCGCUUACAUGAUUGAAAAUGACACGUUUACAUGGAAAAAGUAUGUACGGACAAAUAUGGCGGUCAAGUUUGGGUAUGUUUUGCUUUCAAAAGUUCCAGUAUUUGAGGCUUUUGAAACAAUAAUUGACAAUACCCUUCAUUCAAGUGUAAAAACAAAUGAAAGACUUUCCGAUGUCAAUAAAGAAAUAAAGACUUUGAAGGAAGAGAACCUCUCAUUAAAAAACAAAUUGCAAGAUGUGAUAGAAAAAAAGAAUGAAAUGGAAAACACUCUUUAUUGCCAGUUUUUGAGUGUAUUAAAUGCAAAGAAAAAGAAAAUUGAAGAACUCAAGAAGAAAAUAGGUAACACCAAUGAAAAUGGCAUCAAUGAAUAUCACAAUGAUUCAGAUUUAGACCAUCACAGCAGUGAUCCAUUCAAUUCAGAUACAGAACUAGAUUCUGAGGAGGAAAAAGAAAAGCAUUCACCAACAAAACUAGAAGUAGUAGGAAACAGAGAUAGCCUUGAAAUCGAAGAACAGAAUAUUUACAUUCCACCAAAGAGAUCCAGGAAACGCAAUGAUCAAGAGCAUAUUCCUGGUCCCAGUGGAAGAAACAUACAAGGUAGAAGUACCAAAAAUGUGUCUAAGUGUAAACUUCAAGCUAAAAAAGAUAUGUGUACCACUAAUAAUAAAUCAAUAGAAAAGAAAUCUAUCGGAAGAAAAUCAGAUAGAAAAAGUUGUGUGUUGGGAACGAUACAAAAGGAAAAAGAUGUAAAUAAUUCAGAUGAUGAUGAUGCUUUUAUGUUCCCAAAACGAUCAAAAAAAUCAAGUAAAGAAAUAAAACUAGCCAAACCUUCCAGCAGUAAAAUAAAUUAUGAAAGUAAUGAUGAAACAUAUUUAGAUACAUCUGUAAAAUUAGAACCCUCAGAUUCUGAUAAUACUCCUAGUGAAAUAGAUAUAACAGAACAAAAUGUCACUGUGAAGACAGAAAAAUCUAACAAAACUAAUAUGAAUAGGAGAACUGAUGAUCAGAAAAUGGAAGCAGAGAAUGACAGAAAUAAACAUUCUAAUGAAUUAUCACAACCAGUAGCUACAAGUUGUAAAGGGUAUUCUUCAUCUACACUUGAUAUAUUAAAUCAGUUAGUAUAAUAUAGUUUGCAAUUUUACUUUUUACCAAACAAAUCUAUUUCGGAGAAUAGAGCAGGCAAUAAUUAGAAUUUUAUAAUAUAAAAAAUUGUGAUAAUGCAUAAAAUAAGGAACUUGUAAAUUUUAUGAUUUCUUGAGUUGAAGUUGCAUUUUGUAAAUGUAAACUAUUUUUAUAUUUAAUGGUUUUAAAUUAGGCUUCCAAAAUACAGUUUAAGUCAAAUUAAAAAAUAUAUUUAUAAAAUAUAAGUAUACAU